AUGAAGCUGUCUACUUCUCUCGUUGGCCUUCUCGGCCUCUGCGCCGGUGUCAAUGCCGUUCCGCAAAACGUCAAGCGCAGUGACGAUGGUGCCCAGUUCGACGUUGGUCAGCCCAUCUCUGCCGAUGGCAAAGGAGGCCCUAUCCUCGCCAGAGUAGGAGGUACGAACAACCAGGUCGACAUUGAUAACCCAAGCAACCUUGGGCAGGAGUCCACCGACGCCGGCACGGUUCCCAACCUGAAGUGGAGGUUCUCCGACUCCAAGACCAAGCUCCUUAAGGGUGGUUGGGUUCGUACUCAGGUCAUCCAAGACCUCCCGCAGAGCCACGACAUUGCGGCGGCCCAGCAGCACCUUGAGAAGGGUGCCAUCCGCGAGCUUCACUGGCACCGUGUGGCUGAAUGGGGUUUCGUCUACAACGGCUCUGUCCUCGUUUCAGCCGUCGACGAGAAUGGCAAGUUUGUCAACGAGAAGCUCGAGUACGGCGACAUCUGGUACUUCCCCAAGGGCGCCGCCCACACCGUCCAGGGUCUCGACGACCACAACGAGUUCCUUCUUGUCUUUGACGAGGCCGAUUUCGAGAAAGUUGGAACAACCUUCAACAUUGUCGACUGGCUGAACCACACCCCCCGCGACAUCAUUGCCAAGAACUUUGGUGUCGACCCCAAGGUCUUUGACGAGCUCCCUGAGAAGAACCCCUAUAUCAACCCCGCCGACGUGGCCACCAAGAACGUCACCGGCACGGGUCCCGAGGACUACCUCUCGGGCAACAGCUCCUUCAUCUACCGCACCUUCCAGCACCCCCCGGAGUCUGUGCCCGGCAACGGCGGCGAGUUCUGGAAGAUCGACUCGACCAACUUCCCCGCCAGUGAGACCAUUGCCGCCACUUUUGUGACUCUCAAGCCCGGCGCCUGCGCGAGCUCCACUGGCACCCCAACGUAUGACAGCAUCCAUCCACCCCUUUGA